UUUCAGCCGCUCGUCACCUACAACGUAAGAGAGCAUUUUAAAUUUCUCAUCACCAGGAAAUCUCAGAAAUGGUCGAGCCGCCAUAUAAAAUAAUAUCACAGAAAUAUUUUCCAAAAGCCUUCAAUCGAAAUGGAAAACAUUGAAGAAAUUACUGCCGGGUUUGCUGCUGGGCUGCUGACGCAUAAGAGUGACUGUGGAAGCCUGUCACUGCCUACUACGCCAACAUCAUUCCCGUACUCGCUACCCGAUCUUCAUUCUGCCUUUUUCAUAAUGACAGAAAACAUGGCUGAAAAAAAAGAUGAGACGACGUUUGAGUGUGAGGUGGAGAAGCUGGCUGCCCUCGUGGGAGAUUCUAGAGCCGGGGCGAGUACUUCAGCGGCAAGACCUCAAACACUAAAGCCCAUCAGUGGCGGAGGGCAGGCAGCCGAGA